UUAGUCGACGGAAAAAACAACUCAUCGACUCUUUGAUGGCCGUGAUCCGGGAAUGGCUUGACAGAGCACUCGGGCCCUUGGAGGAUGAAGAAGAGACAAGCGAUGGUAGUGGCAGCGGGAACAGUCGUUCUGGCCACUCUAAGAGGUCGGCUUCGGCUUCGGGCUGCAACACCUCCUCUGGAGGGCCUGGCUGUUCACUUGCCGGUCAAAAGCGCCAACUGCACCGUAAUAACAGGGAUCAAAACUCGGAUGACGAGGAAGAUCAGGAGGGACAGGAUAGGACCCCCAAACGCUCCAAGAAGGAUAGGGAUGAUAGUCGCCGAAAGUUUGCUUGCCCUUAUUACAAGCGGGACCCCGUCAGACACAAUUGCCGCAACUGCUGCGGUCCGGGCUGGGACACUGUUCACAGGGUUAAGUCCGUCACUUCGCAAUCCCAAUCCCAAUCCCAAUCCCAUAAUCAAAUGCCCUUCCCUUCCCCCCCCCCAUGCAGGGCUCUUCAUCUAACAUGAAUGGACCAUAUGUCAGGGAGCACAUCUAUCGACGUCACAGUCUUCCCGAGUUCAUGUGUUAUCGCUGCCGUGGAUUCUUCAAGACCAAAGCGGAGCUUGAGGACCAUCAGAGAUCAGAGACUUCUUGCCCGCUACGCGAUUCCUUUGCACUUGAUCCUGUCGACGGGUUCGACAAGGAAAAAGAGACCAAACUCCGGGCGCGCUCGAGUGGCAAGAAGACCGAGGUUGAAAAGUGGUCUGACAUGUAUCGCAUCCUGUUUGAGUUGGAGCCGGACGCCGACAUUCCAUCUCCUUUCUACGACCAUGCGGACAAUUCUCAAACAUAUCAGGAAGGCCCCUCUGCUGCCGAGAUGGAGGAACACUAUGGAAAGAAUUACAUGCAGUUCCUUCGGCGCGAGAUGCCCAAGUCCAUCCGACGAGAGAUCGAGGCCGCAGUGGACCGGGAGUUCAGUGACGUCGCGCAGAAUCUGAGGGGGAAAAUCUCCCAGUUCGUUCGCGACGCGCACACGAAGCUCCUCAAAACAUUCCAGGCCAUCGGUCCUCCGGAUGAGGCAGCCGCCAUGGACGAUCCGAACACUUUGCCGUCGUCGUGCUCACGAGCCGGUACACCGUCGUCUUUACCUGCAUUCUCGGACACAGGGGCUUCCGCUCCCACCGGGGAUCCGGCUCCGGCCCAGGCUGCAGCUACUUCCUUCCCACUUGCCACCCCAGAAAUCGGAGACCCAUAUGAUUGUUUCUUUGGCCCCGAGGUGUGGGAGGAAUUCGAAAAGGUCUUUGGUGUCGUGGAUGACUCGUCACUCAAUUCCUGCGACAACCAGGCAUUCUCUGACUCUGCGUACUGCUCCAACGGUUCCAGUUCGGACGCAUCUGGCGCUGAACGGAGCGUUGAAGCUUGAUCUCGUAUGCAUCUGACGACUUUGCCCUCACCUUUCCUCUUCUCGGAUUCUAGGCUCAUAGUUCGUCUAUAUGGAGGAUCAGCUACCAUCUGCUCUUUGGUGUUUUGCAUAUACGACGUCUUUAGCUUGGUCUCUUUGCCUCGCUGCUUUCUGUUCGGCUGCAUUUGAUUUCCUGCCUUUCCCUGAUACGAGUCUGGCUCGUGUAUAUAACUGUAUGCCCUAGGUAUAGCAGGACCUUCUUUAGCCGGACUGUGUAAAUUAUCUGUGUACCGAUGUUAGUGUUCCUUAUUUCCUUGGCUACCUAUGCACCUGGCUAUGCUCCUGAAUUAUUUAUGCUGCAUCACCAAACAAUGGCCAGUCUUAUCUGACAUUGGUCCGGCC